GAUACUUUUUGUUGUAGUUGUACAUUUUUCGCCAAAAAUAAUAAUAAAAGUGAAAAAUUUUUUUUGUUAAUAUACGUUUAUUUGUUGUACAAAGGAGAAAAUGUUAUUAAACUGAUUGGCCGCCCCAGCAUUUUCGUGACCCCCGCUCCAAAUACAACAAAAUCGAACGGCCGCCAGCAACAACAAGGUGCAGUAAAUAUUCAGUGCGCUGCGCCUAUCGCCUUCUUUAACCGCCAAUCGCUCCUGCUCCUGCCCACUAACCAAGUCAAACCAAAAGAAGCGAUUACUCUCCAAGCGCCAGCGGAAGUGAAAUGAUAAAGUCCACCACGAAUCCACAGGAACAGCGUCUGCCACGCCCCGAGGAUCAGUCGCCAGCGCCGCCGCCGCCCCCCUCCUCAGCCACCACCUCCACCGCCGCCCCAGCCACGCCCACGCACCAAGUGGCCACCGUGAUAGCCAACAUGGACACCCUGAAGACCGCCUUUCUGCCCAAUCUCAGCAUGGACCCCAAUGUGCACGUGUCGCCGCACUAUUGUCCCAUGUGUCACCAGCAGUUCGAGCGGCCGCAGCACGUCGCGGAUCACAUGCAGCUGUGCCACGGGAUCACGCUGAACGCCCAGGGAGCCAUCGCCACGCUGGACGGUGGCCAUCCGCAGGCACAGCAGCACCCCAAGCUCAGCCACCCCUGCUUCAAUUGUGAUGAAAAGUUUGGCAAUGCCGUCGAUCUGGACGAACACCAUCGGCUGGCCCAUCAGACGUCCGCCUUCCUGGCCCGCUGCCUCAUAUGCAGUAUCUAUGGCAUCCACUCGGCCACCCAGCAGCCCAACGAGUACAAAUGCACGCAGUGCGGCUCCAUUUGCACCACCGCCAUGCUGGCUGCCGGUCAGCAGGGCUUUAUGGAACAGCAGGAGGCGGCGGUGACGCCCGACGAUCAGCUGCCCGCGAUGGCGCCCCGUGAUAUGAGACUGACGCCCGAGGAGCAGCACCACCAGCAGCAACUGCAGGCGGAGCACCACCAUCAGCAACAGCACCAACAACAACAGCAGCAGCAGCAGCAGGAACUGCUGGAGCAGCAGCAGCGUGAAAUGCAGGAGCAGGCGCAACAGCAGCAGGUGCACCAUCAUCAGCAGGAUCAGGAUCUCGCCGGCGACCAGGUGUCGCUGAAGGUGCCACCACUCACCGUCAAGCUGAACAAGAACGCCAACGGUGGCGCCAUUGUGGCCCAUCCGCAGGUCAUUAUCAAGGAGGAGCCACUCAGCCUGAGCGACAGUGGUGAUGUUGUCAACUCUGUGCCCGUCUAUGCCAUACAAGCCAAUCCCUGUGUACCCGCUCCGGCCAGUUCGGGUGUGCUAGUCGGCACGCAAACGGUGCCCGCCGAUCUGGCGCACAAGAUCCGGCACAAAUGUCCGGAUUGUCCAAAGACCUUCAAGACGCCCGGCACGCUGGCCAUGCACCGCAAGAUACACACAGGCGAAGCAGAGAGAGAAGCCGUUCCACUGCAAUUACUGCGAGAAGUCCUUCAGCGUGAAGGACUAUCUGACCAAGCACAUACGGACGCACACCGGCGAGAAGCCGUACACCUGUCCGUACUGCGACAAGCGCUUCACGCAGCGGAGCGCCCUCACUGUGCACACGACCAAGCUGCAUCCGCUCUAGGGAAGGCCGGGCGGUGGCCGCCAGAUACCCGUUCCUGCCCCAGCCGCUCCUCCUCCUCCUCAUCCUCCAAAUCCUUCUGGUCAUGGUGCGCCGCCGCCGUUGUCCGCCGACACGGAUACAGAUCCCAAGAAGCCAUCUGCGGCGGCUGCGGCAUCGGCUUAGGACGAACUGCAGCGGAAACGGGAUGAGCAACCCAAAAAUGAAAGACCAUUUCAAAGACGAGACACACUCACGUAGACGGGAGUUAUGCAACUGCAGCGGAUGCAACGACUGCAACCAACGACUGGCAAAUCUCUUCGCAGUGCUGCUAGAUUAAAUUACUAAAUUAGAUACAUACCUUCAUUUCGGUUAACACAGAAGCAGAUGCAGAAACAGAGUUGUACUAAAUUAGCAUACAGUUCGUAGAAUGUUUAAGUUAUUGCAAUCGAUUUUUGAUUCUUAUUACUAUUUGGUUAUGUAGAUGUUUUGCAAUUUUAUUUUUAUACACCUAUGUAUAUCGUAUAUAAUAUUUUGUUAUUCUAUGAGAUUUUAUAUGGUGACUCCAUAGCGCCAACUCACUUACGCGCGGCGCUAUACAGACACACACACACAUACACACUCAAAACUACACACAACACACAUCUAUUAUUUAUAAAGAGAGAGAAAAUAUUUUUACUCAUAUACUUUGUGGCAAUAUUAUUUUUAUUACUUCCUGAAAUUGUUUGUAAAUGUUACUGAAAGCAGCAAAACAAAAAAAAAGGUAAACUCAUGUCUACGCGCAAAACUUAAAUUAUUUUUAUAAAUUAUACAUCUAUUUUAUUCGAACUCAAAACAACACAAAAUUAUUUAUUUUACGUAAAAACUUUUUCAAAAUUUCGACUCGUAGCGGAAAUGGCGAAGGACCAAUUUAGUCAUUUCUCAAUUAUUUGCACGCGAGCAGGAUCUCGUUUGUUUUGGCUUUAAAAAUUUAUUUACUUUUAAUUAACUAAAUGAUAUAAUCAUUUUAGCUUGUUUUUAUUGAUGAAUGUUAACCAUUGUUUAUUUUUUAAAUUAUUUAAGUUGAAAGCGCUGCUUUUGUUUGUUAAACUAAACUAAACUUAACAGUGAGAUUGUAUAAAACUAUAAAAAAAGGAAAAACGAAAAACAUAACUAAGAAAUUAAUUUUACAAAAUUUGCAUUUUUUAACGCAAGACAAAAAGUAUUUAAGGCAAAUCGAAAUGAGAAAUCUACGCUAAACGCAACACAGCUUUAUGCGCCAAACUAGAAGAUUAAACAAAUUUAACAUAACGAUCUACACAAUUGAUACUUUUGAUAAAACGAAAGCUUCAAGUUGUUUUUGUAAUAUAUAUAAAUAUGGAUUGAUAAUUUUUGCGACUACUUAAACGCGUUUUUUAAACCAGCAAAUGAUUACUUGCAAGAGUUGUACGUACUAAAACCGACUAAAACUUAAACUAAAACUUUAGCAAAACCAAAACCAUGUACAUUUUUAUAACAUAGUGUUAUAUAAUUAUAAAGUAUGCAAAUAUAUAAACCUGUAUCUAAUAUUAAUGCAUAAUACACUCAAACAAAUUGUCUACCUAAUGGCACAUAGCACAGCAACAAACGAUGCGCAGCGCAUGUAAAACCAAAAUAAAUUCUAAGCACUAAACUAUUGUAAUUCUUUAAGUUUUAAAUAAACCGAGAAGAGUUGACGAUCAAAAGCAAACAGCAAAACGCUAAGUGCAGCAAAAAAAAAACGCCUAACUAACCGCAACACUGAGAAAAACCAAUUAACUCUGC